AUGGUGACAGUUAAUGAGAUCCGCCAGGCACAGAGAGCUGAAGGCCCUGCCGCUCUCUUUGCAAUUGGCACUGCUACUCCUCAAAACUGUGUCGAUCAGAGUACAUAUCCGGAUUUUUAUUUCCGUAUCACAAACAGCGAACACAAAACUGAACUCAAAGAAAAAUUUCAGCGCAUGUGUGACAAGUCUAUGAUUAAGAAGAGAUACAUGCAUUUGACUGAAGAGAUUCUGAAGGAGAAUCCUAGUAUGUGUGAGUACAUGGCAACUUCAUUGGAUGCAAGACAGGACAUGGUUGUUGUGGAAGUGCCAAAGCUAGGAAAAGAGGCAGCAACAAAGGCUAUCAAGGAAUGGGGUCAACCUAAGUCUAAGAUUACGCAUCUUAUCUUUUGUACAACAAGUGGUGUGGACAUGCCUGGUGCUGACUAUCAGCUCACAAAGCUCUUAGGGCUUCGUCCAUAUGUGAAGCGUUAUAUGAUGUACCAACAAGGUUGUUUUGCUGGUGGGACGGUGCUUCGUUUGGCUAAAGAUUUGGCAGAGAACAACAAAGGUGCCCGUGUGUUGGUGGUUUGUUCUGAGAUCACUGCAGUCACUUUCCGUGGGCCAAGCGACACUCAUCUUGAUAGUCUUGUGGGACAGGCGUUGUUUGGAGAUGGUGCAGCAGCUGUGAUAGUUGGUUCUGACCCGUUGCCAGACGUUGAGAAGCCUUUGUUUGAAUUGGUAUGGACUGCACAAACAAUUGUUCCAGAUAGUGAUGGAGCUAUUGAUGGUCACCUUCGAGAAGCGGGGCUGACAUUCCAUCUCCUCAAGGAUGUUCCUAGUCUAGUCUCAAAGAACAUUGAGAAAGCUCUUGUUGAGGCAUUUCAACCUUUGAAUAUCUCUGAUUACAAUUCCAUCUUUUGGAUUGCACACCCAGGUGGACCAGCAAUUCUAGACCAAGUUGAAGCCAAAUUAGGCUUAAAGCCAGAGAAAAUGCAAGCCACUCGACAUGUACUUAGCGAGUAUGGUAACAUGUCAAGUGCGUGUGUGUUAUUCAUCUUAGAUGAAAUGAGGAGGAAGUCAAAAGAAGACAGACUUGCCACAACAGGUGAGGGACUUGAAUGGGGUGUGCUUUUCGGUUUUGGACCUGGACUCACUGUCGAGACUGUAUUGCUCCAUAGCAUGGCCACCUAA